AACCAGAGAGUUUACUAAUGGUUUGCUGUACUACAGAGAAAGAGUGACAGGGACUGUGCAGCAGUGUCAUCAAGUCAGUCAACAUGGGGAGGGCUUUGGGGUUUAAAAUAGUGAUAAUAUGCCUGUCAUCUGUAGCCUACACAGCUAUGAGCAAGACGAGGAGAAGAUCUUUUGACAAUUAGUAUAACAUUUCAAAAGGACAUUUUUUAGAGAAUAACUUUUUUCUGACAAGACUCAGCACAUUCUGGGGUAAACUUUUUCCUGAGCGCUUAUGUAUACAUUUACGUGGACAUAUAUACUGAAGAGAGGGGAUAUAACACCUGAGAGAGCGAGUGUAGGGGCCUUAGGGUGAGUGAACCAUUACCCUUGGCGGGUAAAAGAUGACUCUAGUGUCCCAAGAGAACCAGGAUGAGACUUUGGUAGUUGCUCCCUUAUUCCAAGAUGUGUGCGACUUGGAACAGGCUGACCAGGAGUGCAGCGAAAGGAUCGUGAUAAACGUAUCUGGGUUGCGCUUCGAAACUCAAUUGAAGACACUCUCCCGUUUCCCUUCAACGCUUUUGGGAGAUCCACGGAAAAUGAUGCGCUUCUUUGAUCCUCUGAGAAAUGAAUACUUUUUUGACAGAAACAGACCCAGCUUUGAUGCCAUCCUGUAUUAUUAUCAAUCUGGAGGAAGGCUUCGGAGACCCGUCAGUGUACCUGUUGACAUUUUCAUGGAAGAAAUUACAUUUUACGAAAUUGAGGAGGAGGCCAUAGAAAUGUUCAAGGAUGAUGAAGGUUUGAUAAAGGAGGAAGAACGUCCAAUGCCCAAGAAUGAGUUUCAACGCCAAAUAUGGUUGUUGUUCGAGUAUCCUGAUAGCUCAGGGGCUGCAAAAAUGAUUGCUAUAGUUUCAGUUAUGGUGAUUUUGAUAUCCAUCAUAAUUUUUUGUCUGGAGACGUUGCCAGAAUUCCGGGAAGAACACAGUGUAGUGUCUAAUCAUCUUGUUUCAAAUGGAACUACCCACGAGAAAAAAACUAAUCAUUUUACAGACCCGUUUUUUGUGGUUGAGACUCUCUGCAUUGUGUGGUUUUCCUUUGAAUUUCUGAUGAGGUUUCUGUCGUGCCCUAGCAAAGCAGCUUUCUUUAAAAACCUAAUGAAUUCUAUUGACGUUGUUGCUAUUGCACCUUAUUUUAUCACCCUUGGCCUGGAUCUCGCUGAAACCAAGCAGGGAAACGGUCAACAGGCAAUGUCUUUAGCCAUACUCAGAGUUAUCCGUCUGGUACGAGUCUUUAGGAUUUUCAAACUUUCGAGACACUCCAAGGGUCUUCAAAUUCUCGGCCAAACUCUUCGUGCAAGUAUGAGAGAACUUGGACUGUUAAUAUUCUUUCUGAUCAUAGGGGUUAUUUUGUUCUCCAGCGCGGCUUACUUUGCGGAGGUUGACGACCCACAAACUGGAUUUACAAGUAUCCCCGCUGCAUUCUGGUGGGCUGUGGUGUCCAUGACCACAGUUGGGUAUGGAGACAUGUACCCAGAAACUAUUGGAGGCAAGAUAGUGGGAUCUUUAUGCGCCAUCGCUGGGGUGCUUACAAUUGCCUUACCUGUCCCUGUCAUCGUAUCAAAUUUCAACUAUUUCUAUCACAGAGAGCAUGACCAGGGGGAAAAUACUAAAUAUACACACGUGACAUGCGGACAGCAACAGUCAUCAUUGGGGGAAUUCAAAUCAAGUGACAGCAUACAGUCGUUUAGGCCUACUAAAACAGAAUACCUGGAUGAUGGGAACGUUUUGGAUACUAUAAGAUAUUCAACCUUAAACCCCUUUGAAACAUACACUGGCAAACUGACAGACGUUUAAAAAUGAGAAUAGGGC